CAGCUGAUGCUCGGUGGCACUGUGUGUUAGUGGUAGUUAGUGAACCAGGUUGUUCACCAUGGUGCCAGCGCAGUAUAAUGACAACGAGGACAAUAUUUUGUAUGAACUUUUGGUACACGCAGAAUGGCCAUUAGAACAAGAAGUUAUCGGAGGUGGUGCCAUCAGCCUUGGUGGGAACUUCUUUUAUCGAACAGUCACACAGACCCCGGGUAACAUCUGGGCACUUGCAUCAUCACUCUGGGCAUAUGUUAGCUCUGCACCAGCUGUCUCUCCAAGUUUAGCCAAGUUAGUUGGAGGACGGUCAGGAUGGCAGCUUGGUGUUGGUGCUCAGGGGGCUGUAGUAGCCAUAGUGCAGGCUGCCACCUUGGAGAUCCGAGCCAAAAAAGAUGACUUUGCGUCAGUUGUGGGCAGGAAUAUUAACCUAUACAUAGACCCUUUCCCAUCAUGGAGGCGCGUGGCUUGGUCCGCUGAUUGUUCGAUGGUGGGUGUGUCAUACAGUUCUGGUGCUGUUGAGAUUUUCAACACUUUAGGUACCUCAAUCUUCAUUAUUUACCCUCCAAGGUACAGAGAAGGUGCGCCACAGGUGGAUGCCAGUAAUGCUCUCGCUACUCUUGUCUUCUCAGAUAUUAGGACUCAAAAAAUUAAGUGGGCAGCUGAACUGAUUUUGGUGGAUUAUAAAGGGGGUGCUCGUAGCUAUUUUGUCUCCCCAACUGAGGGUUACCAGGAGAGUCAUACCUUCUCCUUCAGCAAGAUGUACCCCAGCGGGAUCACUGCAGCCACCACACAUGGGAACUUGGUGAUAGUUGCUGGGUUAUGUGAAUAUAUGGAAGAUAACAACCUGAAGAAUAAUGGUCUUGGUCACGGCAUUACUAUCUGGCGCAUGGUGAACGACUACCCAUUCUACAUACAGGUUCCAACAAUUGAUGAAGACGAGUACCAACCCCCCAGCAUUGGGGUAUGGAAUCGUUUAACUGGAAGUCGUUCGACUACUCUUCAUGACUAUAUCUUCCAACUGUGUGUGUCUCCGACUGGCCGACAACUGUCUACAUUAUACACGUCGGGCAGUCUCUCCAUCUGGGAACUUCCAUCCUUACGGAAAAAGAAAUUCUGGCAGUUGUCUUUGCAGCCACAUUUUGAUGCAAUAAGCCCCUCUUCAUCUGAGUACAUCCCUUGUCAGAAGCAGAGGCUCAUUCAGUAUACAGGACCUUUAAGGAAUCACCUGGCAGAUGUUAGUUGGUGGUCGGAUGCAGCAGUCAUCCUGGCAAGAUAUUCCGGGGCAGUGACUGUCAGUUCGGUCAACUCUCUGAGAAACUUACUUGGGGAAUCACCAGAGUUUCUUGAGGGUGUACCACAGAUAAGUGAGGCAUAUGACCGAGGAUUUUUAGGGUUGGAGGUAGAGAGUCGCAUAAAUACCAAGCGAUUAUUAACUUCCUCAAAUGAAGGUUCUGAUGAGGAAGAGGAGUACCUGGAGUCUGAUGGAGAGGAAGAGUUGUCUUUCAUUCAGAGGUCCAGUCGGCUGGCUAAAAGUGCUCUCUAUUGGGUCACCGAUGCUGAGCGAUUUCGACCUCCGAGCAAGAGACCAAAAAUUGUGCAGAGAACUUUUCGUUUGUUGUGUCUCAAGAGCACCACCCCUGAGGAACUCUUUGCUCGCAAAAUUGAAAAUGAAGAAUAUGGGGAAGCAUUGGCACUUGCUCGCAGCUACAACCUUGACUGUGAUCGAGUGUAUCAGCAACAAUGGCGCAGAAGUUCAGUCACGGUCGCCUCCAUCCAGGAUUAUCUUGCUAAGAUUCGCAAACGGUCUUGGGUACUUGCUGAGUGUGUGAGUCGCGUCCCAGAGAAUAUUGAUGCUGCGAGGGAGCUUCUUAUGUAUGGACUGCGAGGGACAGAUCUUGAGGCAAUUGUUGCUAUUGGUAAUGAAACUGACAAUGGCGAGUUUAUUGUGUGUGACUCUGAUGUGGCUUAUGAUGAUGGCUUGGACAUAGACCCUAGUGAGUAUGAGGUGAGGGCUCAGGAGAGAGCAGCCAAAGAACUCAAGAGGAGACAUGAGUGUCUUAUGCAGAUUGACUUCAAGAAUCUGACAUCAGAGCAGAAAACUGUGAUACGUGCUCGGCAGAAACUACUUACAUAUCUGGAUCGUUUAGCUACUUAUGAGGUACUUCUUGGUGGUGCUCAUGUUGCCCCAGAACACUAUGAUGCGAGCUUCUUUGAUAAGUUCCGCAGCCAGUCAGCCAUCUCUGCUACCAUAGAAUUUGCCCGAAACUAUGACUGGCGAGGUGUUGAUGCCAUGUUUACCUACCACGGUGAUGAGACUUUACCUCAUCGUCUGGCUGUCUUAUCAAGUUUUCCACCCACCAUGGGGCCUUUUGAGUACAGGUUAUUAUUGCCUGAGUGUGAAGAAGAAGAGGUGUUCUUUUGGGAACAAGAACAGCUGCGGGAUGAAGACUGGUGUGAGGAUCCUGUGUGCUGGGAAGCAGUUAAUGAAGGAGAAGAUGACCCAGCUGAUUUCCUAUAUGCAGAGCGACCUGAUAUGGAGAAGUUUGAAGGAGUGAGUCUGACUGCGGAGAGUGUUAGUGAGUGGUAUCAGGAGCGAGCACGGGAGAUAGAGAGGUGUAGCCACUUUGUCGAUGCAUCACUGGACCUUCUGAAACUUGGGCGUGAGAGAGGUGUGAUGGAUCUUGAAGAGCUUCAUGACACACUGGAUUCCUUAGAAGUCCUGGUGUAUGAGGUUGGCCUCACUUUUAUGACCCUUGAUAAAUACUCCAAGCUCUCUGAUGAUGACAAAAUUGUUCAGCUCAUGUCAACAAGCACUCCAGAAACCUACAUCCAAAACAUUCGUCGGUGGCUUCUGCCCUUCCUGGCCCGGUGUGAGAAGUGGUGUCCUGGCAGUGCUCAGAUACUCCUGCGGACAUAUGUAGUGACCACAGCCAAACAAGAUCUUGGUCUGCCGCUGAAAAUAUUACAACAUUCUCGACCCGAUCAACAUGCACAGAUCAUCCCAUCUGCAGAGGAGAUGAUGACCAUUGCUAUUGAUUGUGUGUACGCUUGUGAGAAAGAGAAUCAACUUCCUAGAGCUUUUGCCAUUCUUGAAUGUCUCCCAGAGAGGGAGUCUGGAACAGAGAGCCUGGCCAAGCUACAUGACCUGGCUGAUGCUCUGGAUGCUCAUCUGACAGCUGCAGAACUACUUGUCAAUGUGACUCCUUGUCAGCUGCGUCAGUUGCAGUCUGACCCUGAUAAAGUCCGGGAAAUAUUCACCAAGCUUACCAGAGCUGCUGCAAGGAGUGAUACAUUGACAGAGGCCCUUCUUUGUUCUGGUAUCAGUGAGAAUAUCCGGUUUGCUGGUGAGCUUUUAGAAACGCGAGUGGAUCGGUCUCCAGUGAACAACCCAUACCUGCAGCAGCUGCCAUUUGCUAAAGCUGUGAGGCUGGUGAUCAUUGCUGCUACACAUUAUUGUAACUCCUCUGAGAGUCAUGCUGAUAAAGCUAUGGAGUUGGCAAUGCAAUGUCUUCGAAUUAUUGAAUCGGAGAAUGAAGACAUCAAAAGGGAGAAGGAUCUCAUCGCAGCUCUUCAAAUGUUGCCAGACUUUGGUAUCCAUAAACUUCCGCUGCAAGUUCGGUUGUGUGAGGAUCGAUUAGUUCUGAUAGAGGAAGGAUUGCAGACCAAGAAAGGCAGUUAUCGUCAUGGUUCUCGCCUGGUGCAGUUGGCAAGCUUGUUGCGUGUUUGUGGAACAGACACCCAGGCAAGGCAGGCGAAGGUCCUCACUCUUGUUGCCCAGGCAGCACUCAAGGCCGGUGACUUUGUGGUGGCCAGCAGUGUGUGUGAGCAGCUGGUGUCAGGGAACCAUCACGAGGGCUGGGUUGUGUGCGAACAGUUGGGUCGAGCUCACCAGUAUGCCAACCUUGUUGCUCGGGCAAGGUUCCUCAAUUUUGCCCUUACAUAUGCCACCCCUAGUCAUCUGGAAGACCUUCUUAAUGCCAGAAAUGAGGUAGAAAUGGCAAUGUUGUAUGCAAAGGUCAACACCCAGAUGGACACAGAAGACACCACCUGUGACUCGGAUGAUGGUUUUGUGGAUGCCAAGUCUCAUCCGACGGAUGAGGAUGAAGAGGAUGGCGAAGAAGACAGCUCAGAUGAGAUGGAUGAGCAUCAGGGGUUGUUGCAAGGCACCUUAGGGGUAACUCGCUCGGUCUUGUCUGUCACAGCGUCAACCACAUCCAAUCUGGUCACCAGUGUGGCCUCUAAACAGUUCUGGAAAUCUGCAAUAAAUUGGAUGCAGCCACUACAUGAACUAUCAUCACAGGGAGAGAAUGAUCAGCUUGUUGAAGACACCAACGCUGACUUUCAGCAGCAAGGUUGCCAUGCUUUUUAUGCUGACAUUAUUCCAAAUCACCAUAUUAGCUCUAUUGGUGCCAGCUACAAGAGCUAUGCUCUGCCCUCCAUUAGCAACCCAGCUCUGGAGUUUUCUCUGGCACUGCUGCGCAUUGCACUUAUUGAGGAGACUCUCACCCAGGGCAACACAAUCAAGACAAAUAAAACAGUGGUGGCAGAGGUUGCACGACAAGUACUACGAGAAGACUUGCCUCUUGGUCUCUUUCUGUUGUUGAUGUUGCAACAACCUGAGGAUGCCAGAGCUGUGUUGUCAAGUUUGCCACGUACUGAUGUCUCCCUGCAGAUGACCCAGUAUUAUUACGCGCUACAAAUAUACACAAGUUUGCAUCCAUGGACUGAGCCAAGUAUUGCUCCGGUCUUUCUUCAUGAUCCAUCACAAAUUAUUGCUCAUGUGUCCGUUACUAUUGAUGCCUUAAAUAUAUCAGAACUAAAUGGAGAAGUGAAGCAGUUUGUAGAAUUAUUCACGAGCACAGAAGAGCUUGUGGCAGAUUAUGUCCAGGGCCAGGCACUCCAACGUCUUGGUGCUGGGGUUGACAUUGACAGAUUUUUAACAGAUGCCAGCUAUAAAGAGGAUACUGUACUGGGCCUUGCUAUGACACUGGACAGUGAAGUUUUUGAUUUAGCUCUAACAUUGGCUAAGAAGUAUGGGGUAUCACUGUGGCAGGUGCACAUGACUCACCUCCAGUACCUCUUUGAUUCCGAUAUCACAACUGCACAACUUAAACAACAUAUAAUUGAAAAGAAGUUAAAUCAGACCCUUAGUGAGAAGCCAAAGGAGUUUAUAUUAUGCAUGGAACAAAAUGUCUUACUUACAGUAAAUGGUUGUGAUCAUGAACGCCUUCUUCAGUACUACUUGCUGGUUGAGCAGUGUGGUGGUAGAGAAUCAGAAAGUCUGAUGGCCACGUCUCACAUACGACUCUUGAAAAAACUCAAAGGCUCAGCUGAAGGUCUUAAUUAUAAACUCCUUUUAAAGCCAAAUUCUGAUGUCUUAGCCAUCCUUCGUCCAGUCCUGACUGCUGAAAAUGUCAACAACCUUGCCAAAGUUGCCAAAAAUGUACCAUGUAAGGAAGGAGCUGGUAUUGAACCUAGUACAGUUUAUUGUGCAUGGGCACAAAAGUAUUUCUUUGACAGUCCAUCUGACAAGAAACCAAAGACUUCCAGUGAUUGGAUUCACAGAUAUGAAUCAUGUGGAGACUACAUACAGAAAAUGAACCCUUCUGAUGUAGUCAAAUUUGUGAACCAACUUGUACUGUCUGAUGUGGGCUCUCAGAAGGUUCCAUUAGAGGCUAGGAUAGGGUUCACCCGCAGGGCUGUCAAGUUCUGUCGGCAGCAGCAAAGCAAGCAGAAGUUUACUGAGGAGGAGGAAGGUUGGAUGUUAGCUGAUGAUGGUCGUGGGUGGCAGGAGGCGUCAGGGACAAUUGAGCGGUGGGGAACACAUUUGGACCUUCUGCGCUCUAGUACAUUCCAGAACCUGCAAAAGAGUAAAGACAAACAGCUCAGGAGCUAUGCCACAAGGUUUGCCCAGACUGGCAGCAGUGAGUCUCUGCUGCGUGAACUGUCAUGUUCGGUGCUACUGGAGGGGUCAAGUAUGGCGAUGCUGCGGGAGGUGCUGAGUGUGUACCCAGAUGACUCCACCACCACACCUGAAGAUGUCAUAAUGGACACCCUCAGGCUCCUCUUGUCUCACUGGAAGGGUCAUGAUACACAGGUUAAUGUGAUAACAGAAGGUUGUGACCCACUGAAAAUUUUAGACCACGUCCUCAGUCAAGUGCAUGACUACUUAGAGGAUGGUGGAGAACUAUUAGCAGAGGAGGAGGUACUUGAAGAAAUACGCAGCUUGUGUGAGGAUUCUUCUGUGCUUCUUAAUACCAAGGUUAAGGUGCUGACUGUGGCAGAAAAGCAUUUAUCUCUAAAUGAAGAAGAUCUGCAACUGGUGCGAGUUAUGCGUACCGGAGGAGUGGUGGCCGGUGCCUGGCUGGAGGACCUAAAUCUGACAGUGGAACAAGAACAGCUGGCUUCCAGUGACACAAGGGGUGCUCUUCUAACCACACUCAUAACCCACACUACUUCCAUACAACAAGCACAAGCUCUGGUAGAACUACUCAAACUUUGGCCACCAUUCAGUCCAGAGAAAUAUGUGGAUGUGCUGUCAAAUCCUUGGCUUGCUGUAUUUAACAAGAUUUUGGAGAUGAGUGAAGACAAGCCAUUAGGUGGACUGGAUAUCAUUUGGGAGGCAUCUCAGGAGGCAUUUCAUCUUGACCAGUUGCCUGGUAAAAAUCACAUUGUGUUGGUGAAGAAACUGCAAAUUCUAGGACGGGUGGCUGUUAAGUGUAGUUCUAAGGUGGCGCUGCUUUCUGAUGAUGCAGCAGUUCAUGCAGCUGUGAUAGAGAAUAUGGAAUCUAUUAAAGAGGUGAAGGAAUCUGACUAUGAUGGAGACUUACUUUCCGGGGUGAUCUCACGUGAGUUGGUGCCUGUGUUGCUGCCCACACCACUGUAUGGACCACUUGUUGCUCACUUGAUGGAGGCUGGGGAUAAGACUUUGUUGAAAUCUGCAGUACACCAGUUGGAGAAUGCAGGUCACCAUCAGGAGGCAGCCAGCUUAGCAUUUAUUCAGACAUCAAUUCCAAAGGCUCUUCAGUGUGUGACAUCAGUACUAAAGACCUACAAAAAGUGGCUUUAAACCAUCUUCAUAUUUAGCUGUGAAGUUACCAACAGAGUUCCUAAUGUUUUAUAUUAAAUUGGUUCAUGCAUAAAAAAAAAGAAAGACAAUAAGCAGUGGUCAGAAAAUCCUUACACCUCCAAAACUAGAAGCCACAGUAAUUUUAAACAAUUUCUCGAAUUUAGGGUUACAAAAUAUGUCUUAAGCCUGAGUCUGGGGUCACUUGGUUCUGUUACUAUAUCAUGGUGGAGAGGCAUACUGUAGUGUUGUUCUAUUCCCUAGCUCUAUUGCCACUAAUUUCUAAGUGAUCUUUUACACAUUUUAUGCAAUAUUUAUGCUUUGAAGAGUGCGAUAACUGAUAGUUUCUCUGUGCUUCAACUUAUCUAUUGUUUUCUUACUUUCUCUUCUGUACUGUGCAAGAUUUUCAUAAGAUGCAACACAGUUUGUUGGCACCGCCAUGCUGCUGGUUUUCUUUACACCACUUAAAUGAAAGGUGGUCAUCAUUAUUCUUCCACAUUAGCUUCAAGUAAAAGUGGGUCCUAUAGUCCUGUAGAUACAACACACUAUACACUAGGCUGAACCUUUUUGAAAAUACAAGUACAGGUUGCUCUCAUUUAUAUCCACUUCAAAAGAACUAGAUUUGCAUGUACUUUAUGGGGUUUACUUUUUACCGCCAAAUUUUGUUUAUCCUGGCUAAAGUUCACACACAUUCAGUUGCAAAUCCUUGCCAACUCCCUCUCUCACAGCCUCACUGCUCCCAACCUAAGAUGCCUGUAACACUCACUGGGCUAAAAAUCACACCAUUUGUUUGAGUAAUACUUUAUGGAGGGUUUGCUGUACUGCUGAAGCUUUAAUUUACUUUUAACAUUAAAAUAUGAAAUACUGUACAGCUCAGUAACUUACCCAGCUACCUUCAGUGAUCAUAGGUUUAUAUCUUCUAUAGUACAUUUGUAAAAAAAUAUUAAUGUCUUUGUUCAUUCCAUACUUAGUAGAAAAACAUAUUCACCCAAAUAAUUAUACAGGUAUGGAACCAUUUAUCUGGCGUCCCGGUAUCUGGAACGCUCCAAAAACGGCCUAUGUUCUGAAACAAAUUAUGUAAAUCUUUAGGCCUGGCACUCCAAAUUCCUUAAAAAAAAAAACACAUUUCGCAAUCCCCAGGUCCCAAGCAUUCCGGAUAAAUGGUCCCAUACUUGCAUAUUAUGGUAACUCCUUCAACACCAUAUUCUUAGAUUGUAUUAAUUUGUUCAAUGUCAACCAACCAACCAGAAAUUACAUUAAAUAUACAGUAUGUAAGAAUUUGUUUAUGUUCAUCAGAUACACACAUGCACAGCCUCACCACUCUGCUUAUAUACUGCACAUGUUGUUAUUGUAUUGUAUAGUAUAUAUUAAUAUUUCUGUGCAAUACAAACCCAUCAGAUAUUAAGUUAUUUAGAUACCUACAUUAUUUGGUAACCCAGUCAUUUUGUUUGUCCUAGUGACAUGUGUAUAGAAAUGGUACAAGCAACUGACCUUGGUCAAAGUGUGGGGUUUGAGGAUCUGGAAGGUGAUGUGGUAGAUCUGCUCAACCAUCAUGUGAAGACAUUGACUCUAGAAGAUUUGGUAGAGAUGACAUGGCUGGAGGAAGAGAAGGUAGCUGAGCAGAACAAAAUUACUUAACAGGACUAGCUGAUGAUGAAGAGACUGGCAUAUUACUUUGUACUCAUUUACCAAGUAAUCCAGGAAGGGAUUGAUAUGGAUCUUAACCUUGAGAGAAGUUUUCAGAUUGGAAGUGUUUCUGCAUACAGGAAGGUGUAUUGAGAAGCUGUCUACAGGAAAACAGGCAACCUUAACACAGUUUUUCAAGACUUCUUUUUCAACCUCCAUUGGUACUAAGUCUCCAUUAUCCUUGCCAUCACACACUCACUCUUAGCCCACCAGGGCAGCUGUCAUCUCCAAUCCUCAUAUCGUUACCACUACCUUAUGAUCACCCUUACAAUUAUACACCUCUCUUUCUUCACAGACCAUGUAGUUCACAACACUCAGCUAAUAUUAGCCUCUCAGGCAGAAAACAACAGAAAGUAUUGAUGAGUAGAGUAUACUCCUCUCUAAAACCCUUUCAAUUAAUUUUUUACUACUGUACUGUAUUUAGUUAUUGAAAUGCUAUUAGUGUAUACAUGAAAACUUAAUACAGUUCAGGACAUAGCCAGAAAGUGAACUUUGGCUGUGGCUGUGAAUGUAACCCCCAAUUUACUAUAGAAACUUAUUCUCAUUUGUACAGUUUUUGCAUACAGUAUAUACCAAUAAGAAAAUAAAUUAAUCUAAAUCAAACUGUUGAGUUACAUAGCUUAUAUAGUGUCUCGGUCAAAAGCUCCCAGGGAAAACUACGAACUUCCUGGGACCGAGAGAUGAACUUUUGUUGACUUUACCAUUUGAUAAAUUUCAGUUACAAAAAUGAAGUUAAUUUUUUAGGAUAAUAUAUUUUGUUACUGUCAAUGUAUAAGAGAAUUAUCCCCAGAUGAGCAGUGUUGGAUUCACUUAUGAUAGAUUGCUUAUUUCUCUGUGUAAAUGAGUGUUGACCCCCUAUGCUUGAUGGAUACCUCAGACAAAUGCAGAAGUGUUCACUAAAGUAUAAUUGUGUUAUUGUUGGUAUUUUCACCACUAGAGGAUGUUGAGAUGGCCAAGUACCGGGUAGUUGACACCUUGGGAGAAAAAUUUUCAAAUAUCAACCUGUUUUGAAUCUAGUAAAUGGAAAAAGGUGUAAGAGUAGAAAGGAGUGGGAGAAUUUGAAUGUUUUUAGUUGGGAUAUAGUCUUCUGGCUUCCUGUGUGGUCAAGUUAGCCUCCAUGAGCAAAUGAAGGAUAUUAGAUUUAAUAUUAACAAACCGUAAUUACUUGUUUACCGUAUAUCAGUAACUCACAAACAUAAGAUAAUAUUUAAUUCAUACUGUAUCACAGUAGGUGCUACUUUAGCAUUUGGUCUACAAAGAUAUCAUUAGUUUAACCCAACCCAACCCAAUCCAACCAUCCUAACCUAACCUAAAUAUCUUGAAGACUGCACGCUAUAGUAACACUAAAAAGUGUGGAUAAUAGCAUAAUGCCAAGGUACUGUACAGUACAACUAUUUUUUAGGAAAGUUAACUUUCACCAAAAAUUUACUAAAAGAAAAUACUGUACAGUAUAUUAGUUACAUGUUACCCACAAAAGUCCUGUUGCCUCUCUUGCCAUUCCACGAACACUGAGAUUCAAAGUCAUGACCCCAAAGCAGUAGAUAUGAUGCAUUAUUCUGUCCAUAAAUGCUUUAGUUUCACGAGUCUGAAUCUUGAGGUUCAUGGUUUAAGGGGAGAGGUGACAGGAUUUUUGUGAAAGAGAUGUAGCAGGGAUACUAAAGGUCUUCAGAUAUAAUUUGUAGAAGUUGGAGAAUGUUAUUAGAAGGAUGGAGCAGUGAAAGAACUAUAUUUCUUGUAAUGCACUGUACUGUAAACGUAUGAGAGAAAGGAACAUUUUGGUAGAUUAUUUGGUGAAGAAGCAGCUUUCACUUUGUCAUAUACAGUACAGUUUUUAAAGUACAUUUCAUAUUAAGACAUUUCACUUGAAGCAAAAAACAUACUAUAAGUUGUCCUCAUGUUUGUGUAGACCUGUUAUGAAAUUUUUAUCUCGGUUAAGUUCAUUGUAGAAUAUUCUUUUUCUUGAGGUGUAUUAUGUUUUCAACUUACACCUUCUCAUGCAUGAAUAGAAAAGCAGUUCAAGUAUUUCAACAGUUUUAUUAGAACCUACACCAUAUUAUGUUGAUCAGUGAAGAGUAAACUCCUCUGGCCAUCAUAGGUGACAUACCAUAGUUGAAGAUUCAAUCAUUGUGAUAUGGUAUAUGAAAUUAAACCCAAUUUGAGAAAUAAAAUGAUCAUCUUAAUAAUUUCUCACUUUUUAGACUACAGUAGAUGUUUUUUUUUUUCAGGGGAAUUGUUAAGUAGUUUAAGAUUUUAAAUGGUAAAUGUAGUUCAGUACUGUACUGUACUUUAACACUUGGGAUAUACCGGUAUAUAUAUGGCUUAUUUUUAUUUAAUCAUGACGCAUUUAAA